AUGGCAGGUCUCUUCUUCCCAUUAUCGUUCUGUUUACACGGUAUCUCCGUACCAGGUCUCUGCACCUCGGCCUUCUUUAAUAACUUAACGGCGUUUCGCACGCCCUACCACCCGACCCCAUCCGAAACCAUCAUCGACUCAGCGUUCGAGCCGACCUCGUCAGAAAUUUCGGAAAGUCAACACCAGUUAAAUUACCCAGACUCAAAUCUAUCGUAUAUCCCUCAUUUCACCGCCACCUCCCCACUCUCUCUCGCUUACUUUCUCUCUCUCUCCCAAUCUCUCUCUUCUCGCUUAAUCUUUCUCUCUCUCUCUCUCUUAUUCUAUCAUUCUCGCUUACUCUCACUCACCUACUCACUCUAUCAAUCAAUCAAUCACGCUCUCUCUUUUUCGCUUAUUCUCUCCCUUCUUCACUCGUUCUCGCUUACUCUCUCAAUCUCUCUUUCUCGUUUAUUUCUCUCCCACUCACUCACUCUCUCUUUCUUUCUCUUAUUCUUUCUCUCUCUCUCUCUUUCUCUCUUUCUCUUUCUCUCUCUCUCUCUUUCUCUCUCUCUCUCUCUCUUUCUGUGUCUUUCUCUCACCUUCUCUUUCUCGCCUAAUCUCUCUCUCUCUCUCUCUCCCUCUCUCUCUCUCUCUAUCGCAUACUCUUUCUCUCUCACUGGCCCUUUCUGUCCUCUCUCUAAGACCAAUUUAUCCCGCAAUAUCAACUAG